AUGGAUAUGACGUGGCUGAGUGCUCUAAUCGUUGGAGCUGCGCUUGGAUUCUGCAUUGGCACUCGCCGUUCCAAACAUCCUCCUACUGUUGUAGCUGCUGCUGCUGAGGAAAAUAGCAAAUUGAUUGAUCCAAAGAGUCCUCUCGAGAUUGAGAAACUCGCUGAUAUCCUCGAUGAUUUCAAAAUGGUUUUGGUUGUGAGGAAUGAUCUUAAAAUGGGUAAAGGCAAGAUUGCUGCACAAUGCAGUCAUGCAACUUUAGGUUUAUACAAAAAGCUAGUUCGUCGAGCGCCAAAAGCAUUGGACUGCUGGGAGGAAUGUGCACAGCCAAAAGUUGUUGUGAAAAUCGAGGGCGAGGAUGAGAUGCUAGAAUUGCAAGAAAGAGCUAAAUCCCUUAAACUGCCUACCCAUAUUACCAUUGAUGCUGGAAGGACUCAGAUCGCUCCAAAUUCGAGGACAGUUAUGGCUAUUCUUGGACCAGUCCAAGUUGUUGAUGAAGUAACAGGUGGACUAAAACUUCUUUAA